CGGACCUCCGCUCCGAUGGCCGAUUCGCCAAACCCUAGCUCCGGCGACCUCCCCGCGCCCGCGCCCGAGAUGCCGUACCCCGCGGAUCGGCGCGUCGCCGCGCUCGCCGGCGCCGGCGCCAGGUACAAGGCCAUGUCCCCCGCGCGCCUGCCGAUCUCGCGCGAGCCCUGCCUCACCAUCCCCGCCGGGUUCAGCCCCUCCGCCCUCCUCGACUCCCCCGUGCUCCUCACCAACUUCAAGGUUGAACCCUCACCGACGACUGGUUCUCUGGGCAUGGCUGCAAUUAUGCACAAGAUCGCUCAUCCAGACAUACCACCUUCACCACGGGAUAAAUCUGUUCGUACUGCCCAUGCAGAUGGGGGUUCUAGGGAUUUUGAAUUCAAGCCUCAUCUCAAUUCGUCUUCUCAGUCACUGCCUCCUGUUAUGAGUGAUUCAAAAAACCAUGAGCCUUCUAUGCAAAAUCAAAGCAUGAAUCCCAGCUCAUCAUCUAGCAAUAUGGUGACUGACAACAGACCUCCCUGUUCACGUGAGUCAACUCUUACAGUGAAUGUUUCAAGUGCUCCUAACCAACCUGUUGGAAUGGUUGGUCUGUCUGACAGUCCUGCUGAAGUUGGUACACCUGAGUUGCACCAAAUGAAUGGCUCUGAGAAUGCCAUGCAAGAACCGCAGUCUGAAAAUGUAGCUGAAAAAUCGGCAGAGGAUGGCUACAACUGGCGCAAAUAUGGACAGAAGCAUGUCAAGGGAAGUGAAAACCCUAGAAGUUAUUACAAGUGCACACAUCCUAAUUGUGAAGUAAAAAAGCUACUGGAGCGUGCCGUUGAUGGUCUCAUCACCGAAGUUGUCUAUAAGGGGCGUCACAAUCAUCCUAAACCCCAGCCCAAUAGGAGGUUAGCUGGUGGUGCCGUUCCUUCGAACCAGGGUGAAGAACGAAAUGAUGGUGCAGCAACCGCUGAUGAUAAAUCUUCAAAUGCUCUUAGCAACCUUGCUAAUCAAGUACAGUCAGCUGGUAUGCUUGAGCUUGUUCCAGCUUCAGUUAGUGAUGAUGACAUCGAUGCUGGAGUUGGAAGACCCUACCCCGUGGAUGAUGCUGCCGAGGAAGAGGAUUUAGAGUCGAAACGCAGGAAAAUGGAGUCGGCUGGUAUUGAUGCUGCUCUGAUGGGUAAACCCAACCGCGAGCCUCGUGUUGUUGUUCAAACUGUAAGUGAGGUUGACAUCUUGGAUGAUGGGUAUCGUUGGCGCAAAUAUGGACAGAAAGUUGUCAAAGGAAACCCCAAUCCACGGAGUUACUACAAAUGCACAAGCACAGGAUGCCCUGUCAGAAAGCAUGUUGAGAGAGCAUCGCAUGAUCCUAAAUCAGUGAUAACAACAUAUGAAGGAAAACAUAAUCAUGAAGUUCCUGCUGCCAGGAAUGCCACCCAUGAGAUGUCCACACCUCCCAUGAAGAAUGCCGUGCAUCAGAUUAAUGGCAAUAUGCCGAGCAUUGGUGGCAUGAUGAGAGCAUGUGAACCCAGGAACUUCACCAACCACUAUUCUCAAGCGCCUGAAACCAACACCGUGAGUCUUGACCUUGGUGUUGGAAUUAGCCCGAACCACAGUGAGACCACGAACCAAAUGCAAUCUUCCGUUCCUGAUCAGAUGCAGUAUCAAAUGCAACCCAUGGCUUCAAUGUACGCUAACAUGAGGCACCAAUCAAUGGCAAUGCCAACGGUACAAGGAAAUGCAGCUGGCCGAAUGUAUGGUUCCAGAGAAGAAAAAGCUAAUGAAGGGUUUACUUUCAAAGCCACACCGAUGGACCAUUCAGCUAACUUAUGCUACAGCAGUGCUGGGAAUUUAGUCAUGGGUCCUUGAGACUUUGAGAGUGUCUACCAAUGCCUAUAGCUCCAAGAAUCAUAUAUUACCAAAAAUGCUUUUGUAACGACAAUCUCCUCAGCAAGAUUCUCAAUUGUGUAUCAUCUACAAAUCAGUUCAGACGGAGGCAAGUAAGCUAUACCUGGGGCGCACUGCAGCUAUACAUGGGUCUCUCAAUGCGGGAAAGACCUCUGUUGUAUGUAGCGUUGCAGCCCUACAUUCCUUGUACAGUGAACCAGUUAUGAUUAAUUAGAUUAUAAGAAUUUGGUUCCUGAACCGUCCUAUCUUCUGUACUUGAAUAUUGAUAGAAUAUAGAUUCUGUUAAUUUUCUUUACCUUUUAUGACAAAUUUAUAUCUCUAAUGGAUGUGAACUAUGAAGAAUGCCAUUGCCAUAAGAUGACAUAUGCAUAUGUCAUUGCCAUA